AUGGUAUUGACUCUAGCAGCUUCUUCUUCUUGGAAAGGAAGGGUUCCUUUUAGGUUCUUUAAUGUAUGGGUUGCUCAUGAAGAUUUCCAUCAGAUUGUGGCAUCUAUCUGGAACUCUUCUAGUAAUUCUGGUUCUCUGAAAGCAACAUGGACUAAGCUUAAAGCAUUGAAAAUCCCUCUGAAGGCUUUGAAUGCUAAGGAUUUCAAGGGCAUUACUCAGAGGAUUGAAAAAGCUAGAUUGGAACUGAAAGAAAUACAAAAGCAACUUGCAAGUACCUAUUCUGAUGGCUUACUACAUAAGGAAAAAAAGACAUUACUCAACCUUGAAAAGUGGUCUCUAAUUGAAGAAAGUGUGUUGCAGCAGAAAGAAAGAGCAAAAUGGAUUCAACUAGGGGAUUUUAACACCAAGUAUUUCACUACAGUUAUGAAAGAAAGAUCACAAAGCAAACAGAUUAGAGAAAUUACAAAUGGCCUAGGUGAUAGGGUAACUGAUUCUGCAGAUAUUAAAAGGGAGAUUCUGGGAUUCUACAAGGCACUCAUGUGCUCAAUAGCUAAAUCUCUUCCUGCUAUAAAUAGCUUAUAUAUGGCUAAUGGUCCUACUCUAUCCCAGCAACAAAAAAUGGAACUAUGUGCAGAAGUAACUGAUCAAGAAAUCUUGGAGAGUCUUAAAGCCAUUGGAGAUGAUAAAGCUCCAGUAAUCGAUGGCUAUAAUGCUGUUUUUUUCAAGAAGGCCUGGAGUAUCAUCAGCAGCCAAGUUAAAGAAGCUAUUAAUGAGUUCUUUUUAACUGCCAAGAUGUAUAAACCAGUGAAUUGCUCCAACAUCAUUCUAGUACCUAAAGUUUCCAAGCCCACCACAGUCAAGGACUACAGACCAAUUGCUUGUUGUUCAAUGCUGUAUAAAAUGAUAUCCAAAAUCUUAGCUGCCAGACUACAAAAGGUCAUGCCAAGUAUAAUAUGUGAAGCCCAAGAUAGUUUUGUUCCUGGCAGAAAGAUAGCUGAUAAUGUGAUGGAGGAGAUUGGCUUUCCUACCAGUUUCAUUAAAUGGACUAUGGAGUGUAUUAAAACAGUUAGCUAUACUGUUCUUUAUUUCUCUCAAUUCUCUGAGGCCUCAGGACUACAAGCUAACCUAGGCAUUCCUCUAUCCACUAAGAAAAUUGCUUUGAUCCAAUGGCAACCUUUAGUUGAUAAAAUCACAGCCAAGAUCUCCUCAUGGACUGCUAAGAAGUUAUCAUAUGCUGGUCGAGUGCAACUAGUUCAAUCUAUGAUUUUUGGCAUCCAAGCCUACUGGGCUCAGUUGUUCAUCCUUCCAGUUAAAGUGAUGAAGAUGAUUGAGGCUAUAUGUAGAAGCUAUAUAUGGUCUGGCAGCAACACUAUCACUAAGAAAGCAUAUGUGUCUUGGGAAAGAAUGUGUACUUCUAAAUCUGCUGGUGGUCUGAACCUCAUCAACCUUCUUCUAUGGAACAAGGCAGCAAUUGCAAAAGUGUGUUGGGAUUUAGCUCAUAAAGAAGACAAGUUUUGGAUCAGAUGGAUUAAUGCCUACUAUGAUAAACAGCAACUGAAGGACAUGCCAAUCCCAAAACAGGCUAGUUGGAUGGUUAGGAGGAUAAGUGCUUCAAGGGAUAUUCUACAACAAGCUCAAAGUUCAAAUGAUCACAUUGGCACCAUCAGACAGCUAUACUUACAGCUAUUAGGAGAUCUACCAAGAGUAAGUUGGAAGAAUUUGCUUUUCCGGAAUUCUGCUCGACCAAAGGCUGUUUUCAACUUAUGGUUACUGCUACAAGGAAGAUUACCUACCAAGGAUAGAUUAGUCAACUGGGGAUUGAGCAUUAACCAACAUUGUGUUCUAUGCCAAGGACAUGUGGAGACAAGAGAUCACCUCUUUUUGUUAUGCUCAUAUACAACAAUGCUGUGGAAACAAGUAAUGAGGUGGAUUCAAGAGGAUCAAUCGAAUAAUCACAAUUGGGAUCAACAUCUUCAAUGGAUCAUCAACAAAGCCAAAGUGAAGUCAAGUAGGGACAGCAUUUUCAGAUUGGUGGUCACUGAAGUUUCAUAUGCAUUAUGGAUGAAAAGGAAUACACAUUUUAUUAUGAAUAUAGAUAUCGUAGCAGUGAAGUGUUAG